UUCGGACUGAAAGCGCCGUUUAGAGCCGUCAUAGUUCGACUCCUCAAGUUCCUUUCUUUUCCUCAUUUUCCAAUUCCGCAAUGCAAAGGGUGUCUCCAACCUCCACAAUUUGGAGGACCAUAGUCUCCAAGGCUAGAAAAAACGUGUUUUUCAUCAACGACCCUUUUGCUGCGCGCUCCUUCUCUGCGGUUCCCGUCGUGGCAGCCGCCAAGAAAUUGCAUCAACCAGAGAUUCCAAGUGAUUUCCAGAAAUGGGGUUCGGUUGGAUUCUGCAGAACGUCGAAAUUUGCCUCUGGGUUCAAUCCACUUCAACCGAAGCCGUUGGAUUCUAUUGUAGAUGUCCACAGAUUGAAAGAUCGGUAUCCUGAAGACAUUGCUUCUGUUUGGGAUGAUUAUCACAUAGGAAGAGGUCAUAUUGGAGCAACUAUGAAAGCAAAACUUUAUCACUUGCUGGAGCAUAGAGCUUCAGAAUGCCGAUAUUUUGUCAUUCCUUUAUGGAGGGGAAGUGGAUACACGACAAUGUUUGUUCAAGUCCAGACGCCACACAUGAUUUUUACAGGUCUUGAAGAUUACAAGGCCAGAGGAACACAAGCAGCCCCUUACUUUACUUUGACCUUUUACACAGAAUUUGCAGAGAGCAAGGACUUGGUACUGAUCCGUGGGGAUGUUGUAUUUACCAGCAAGCUUACUGACCCAGAAGCAAAAUGGCUUUUGGAAACUGCUCAGUCUUUUUAUUUGAAUGAUGCGAGGUACAAACUGGUUGAGAGGUUCAACAGACAAACACAUGAUUUUGAGUUCAAAGAUGUCUUGCAAGUAUUGGACAUGCCUAUUUUGUAACCUUUUUUUAAUUGGACAACUGCUAAACUAAACAUCAGAAAAGCAAAAGUGGAAGGGUUGAUUUGAUCAAGAAUGAAGUUGCAAAUGAAGGAAAGGAAGAAGAGUAACAGGGAAUGUCACUGGGGGUCAGGAAAGGAGCUUUUUCAUCAGUUGUAAUCAUAUACUUUUGUAUAAGGAAGGGGGUCCUGAACUAAGCUUCCUUAUUAAUUAUUAUAUUAUAGUCUGAUCUAGUCUUUGUUUUUUCUCUUUCGUGAUGAUUGAAUACAGAGAUAUUGUAUUGAAUCUUUGCUUCAAAAUAUCUAUAUGAUGUUACAAAUAAACAAGUCAAAUAGAAGAAAAAAAAUGAGUUUUUCUU